AUGACCUUAUUGCCUCAAGGGAAUGCAGAUAAUCCUAAAUGUAAUAAUAAUAAAGUAAAUGAGACUACUUCAGCAAUUUCAACACAUGACUACAUCAUAAACACUUCAUCUAUCCGCCUACCGUUUAUUGCUGCUGGACUAGUGAAUGCUGCUGUUGCAGAAUUAUUGAAUCAGUUAUCGUGUCGUUUCUUUGAAAUGGCUAUUAUCACACCGAAAAUACGCGACAGUGAAAUAGAAUCUCCAGUGGACGCAGUUCAAAUUCAGCAAAUGUCAGAAAGUCAUAACAAUGAGAAUAAUAAUAGUAAUAAUGAUAAUGAUAACAAUAAUAAUCUUUCAACCCCUCCGGAAUUACCAGUCACCAACGAGAAUAAAUUAGCAUCACAAAAUAAAACAGAUCAGAAUUCCACAUUGCAACCAGUGGAAGUCAAUGAAAGCCUAUUCCCCGAGUCCCUUUCUUCUCCCCCUAUUCCUCAGCCUCCUCCUCCUCCUGCUCCGGUAUCUUCACCAACAGUAUCAUCAUCAAUCCCUUUAUUCACUAAUCCCAAUUAUCAUGUAGAACCAAUGAAGAUUAAAGAAGAAUCAGAGAUGGAUUUCCCAUUGGAUUUAAAUAUUGAACAGUCUGAUCCAAUCGAUAAUAGUAACGGUAGUAAUAGUAGUAAUAAUAUUGAUGAUUACUCAACAUUACAAGAGCAUGUUAAUAACUUUUUGAAUGAUGCAAUGACUGGACACUACAACCAACAACAAGAACACUGUCAACUUCAGCAGACCUCUCAAUCAUCGAAUUUAACACAUAUCACUACAGUGGAUUAUUUAAAACGUCAUCCAUGUACCUAUCGUGGUUGUGGUAAGGUGUUCUAUAGUCGAACAAGUUUAAUUUAUCAUAAACAAAGUCAUGCGAUAGAUAAACCAUACAUGUGUACAUAUCCUAAUUGUGGUAUGACGUUUUUUAAUGAAAAUUUGCUGAAAACACAUUGUCAACUACAUGAACCAAAACAGUUGCGUGAAAGAUUUUCAUGUACAAUGCCAGGAUGUAAUAAGGUGUUUGUUACACGUGAAUGCCUUAUUGAACAUAUACGUGUACAUACAGGAGAAAGACCAUUCAUCUGUGAUUAUCCUGGAUGUAUGCAUCGUUUUGCACGACGGUGUAAUCUUUUCGCGCAUAAACGUGUUCAUUUAGAUAAAAAUCAACGUCGACAAUACCAUUGUAUUCAUGCUGGUUGCAAUAAAACAUUUUUGUAUUCACGUAGUCUCACAGAACAUAUGAAUGUUCAUCUCGGUGAAAGACCAUAUGUUUGUGAGUAUCCAGGAUGUAAAAAAAGUUUUACCAGUAAGAGUUAUUUAUAUGCACAUAGACGAAUCCAUUUAACUAGUGUAGAUAAACAAUCGAUAAACAAUUCGACAGGUACUACUAUCACUAAUUCAUCAACGAUCAAUAAUAAUCAUAAUAAUCCGUCGUAUGAAUCGAAUAAUAAUAAUGUUCCACCAAUACCAGUCACUAUGACUAUCCCAGUUCUUCAACCAAUAAUCAAUUAUCAUCAUCCAUUUACACAAUCGAUUAUUUCAAAUAAACACCAACAACAACAACCAACCCUUCAAUUACAACAACAACAACAAUCACACCAUCAAAUGCUUCAACAACACCAACAACAAUUACAACUACAAGGUCAGUUACAACAUCAUCUUUUAUCGAAUAGUAAUAAUAUUAAUAAUAAUAGUAACAUUACCAUGACAACGAAUAACAUACCAGCACAUUUAUUCUAUCCUAAUCAGCAUAACUAA